AUGGAGAACACAACAACGGUAACUCCCCUCAAACAGCCCAUUGUGUUUGAGCUGGAGGGCUUCCACGUACCACCAGGCUACAGCUCUUUCCUGUUCUUCCUGGCUCUGUUUAACUACAUGGUGGUGCUGAUGGGGAAUGGCGUGGUGGUGUGUGUCAUUAUCAUAGACAAGAACCUACACAGACCCAUGUUUGUGAUGAUUUGUCAUCUGGUAGUCUGUGAUCUGCUGGGGGCCACCGCGGUGCUGCCUCGCCUCAUGAUGCACUUUUUGACAGGGGAAAGGAGGAUCGCUCACAUCCCAGCCAUCGCCCAGGCCUUCUCUGUGCACACGUAUGGUGUCGCAACCCAGACUCUUCUGGGUGCGAUGGCCUAUGACAGGUAUAUCGCUGUGUGUGAACCGCUCAGGUAUCACGCUAUCAUGACAUCUGCUCGCCUGCACUCCUGCUGUGGGUUAGCCUGGUUUGUUGCUCUGCUGUGUAUUGCUGUGCUCUUCGCCUUCCACAUGAACACCCCACUGUGUGGCAAUAUCAUCAAACAUGUCUACUGCAGCAACCGGGCUAUCCUGAGACUGGCUUGCAGGUCCACACCCAUAAAUAACAUCUAUGGUCUGUCCAUGUCCUGGUCUGUGAGCACAGGGAUCUUCAUCAUCAUUGCCUUUUCCUACUUCAGAAUCCUGCAGGCUUCAGUAAAACAAAGCAACAUUGACAGCGGCGUCCGCAGCAAAGCCUUUCAGACAUGUGCAUCGCACCUUGUUGUGUAUGUGCUCUAUGAAAUAGCUUCAGUGAUCAUAAUUGUGAGUCAUAGGUUUGCCUCAGCUUCCCAAGACAUAAAGAAGUUCUUCAGUAUCCUGUUUAUCAUCAUUCCACCAGCCAUCAAUCCCAUUAUCUAUGGAUUGGUCAGUAAAGAGCUACGUUCCAGCAUCAUCAAGCAUUUUACCAAACAAGUCUUUCACAAAAAGUGA